AUGAAUUCGCUAGCCGACCUCAAGCAUAACCUCACAGAGGAGAAGAUUCGACAUGAACACCUUGAAAAUCCGUCCAAUGGUACCUUCACGCGAGAACCAUCGCCUAAUCGCGGUGCCUCGGUGCGGGAUGUCGAUGCGAUCGGGCCAGACUGUGAGCCGAAACGAGAAUGGCAGGAGAAACGUGGCAUCGACUCUGCGAAACAGGUCAAAAUCACCAAACUCAGUCAUAUGCGUUACCAGCACCCGGAUUUGAUCAAGAUCACGGUUUUUCUGAGAGACUUCGGUAUGCACGUUGUAAAGAAAACCGAAAAUGAGCGAUGGUAUCGCGGCUAUGGCUCCGAUCAGUAUGUAUACUACGCACGACAAGGACCGAAGAAAUAUCUCGGAGGUACAUUCGAAGUCGAAUCGCGCGAGGACCUCGAGAAAGUCUUGAAGCUGCCCCGCGCCAAGGUGCUGAGUGAUGGGAUCGAAGAAAUGAGAGAUGCUCCUGGUGGAGGAUAUAUCGUCACCGUUGCAGACCCGGAAGGUUUCCCCGUCAAUUUCAUCUCCGGCCAGGCCGAGGUCAAGGAAGAGCGAAAGAAACCGACCAAACUGGUUCUCAACGACGAGAGCGACAAGCCCAGGCAGAAAAGGUUCCAACGCUUUGCACCUGGGCCAGCGGAGGUCCAUAAAUUGGGACACUUCGGCUUGAACGUGGAAAACUUCCCGGCCCAGAUGGACUGGUACACGCGCCAUUUCAACAUCAUCCCCAGCGACAUCCUGUACGUCGCUUCCGAGAAGAUCGACCCAGCCACAAACCGGCCCGCACGCAAGGAAGUCGCGCUAUUCGCCUGCAUCGACCGCGGCCAGGACUUGGUCGACCACCACACCAUGUUCCUGACCACACUUAGCCCGGGGGUCGAGAAGCAUGUCCACCACUGCUCGUUCGAAGUGCAUGACUUUGACACGCAGGCUCUGGGACACCAGUGGCUCGCGGAGAAGGGGUACGAGUCGGUCUGGGGCGUGGGCAGGCAUAUUCUGGGCUCUCAGAUCUUUGAUUAUUGGUGGGAUAUCAACGGAUUCAUGGUCGAACAUUAUGCGGAUGGCGAUCUGGUUAAUGAGGAUACUCCGUUGGGGUAUGGGCCUGCUGGGCACGAGGGCCUGGCUGUCUGGGGGCCGGAGGUGCCGAAGGAGUUUUUGGAGUGA